AUGGCCUCUAUUCAUACAGUCGACGGCAAUGAUGCAGUGACAGAACGCCAGAGCUCUAGGGAUGGCCUGCCGAUGAGUAUCGUGGCAUUCAAUGACCCUUUUCAGGACCCCGUCCGGACUCGCAGACGGACAUCGUCUUCGCAGUCCUAUCCCAUAUCCAAUCGCGACGCUCACAGGCUGUCCUUCAAAACGGCGCUCAGAGUCACUUGUCCUGAGGUUUUGCAAUUUGCACCUGGAGAUAGCUGGGAUGGAUCCAGCCCCCCAAAGAAGGAUGCGAGUAGGUCUGGUUUCCUGAAGGAUAUUGGGCUGAGCGAGAGAUCAUCUCUGGAAAAGCGCGCCAAGGCAGCGCAAACAAGCGUUGGAGAUGGGCCAACAGAUCCCCAAAGAUUCGAAAUAGCUAGCACAGCCGUUGGAAUCAACUCAUGGCGCAAGCUCUGGUGCUCCAUCGAUAAGCCAGAGCAUCCAGAGCCGGAAAAGCAUCAAACUGUUUUCUUUGUUCAAGAACAUGACUGUCAGUACAUUGGUGUUAGACCGAGCGGGGUGUAUUCUAAUGUCGAGCAGAAGCAAUCGUCCGAGUCGAUAUCCGAAUCUCUAGCCUCCGAGCAACUCGCCGACGUGCCGAAGAAUAUCUCAAGCUCUCCGAUAUCCAAAACGCUGACUUGGUUCACCAACAAAGAAGAUCAAAGGUCUACGGCCACAGGCACAAGCUGGUUCGGCAAGGCCCCUUGGCACCGUAAAGACUCCUACGACACCAUCAGCAGUGCCACAAGUUCUGUUCGAGACUUUUUGGCAGGAAAAACCCCACCUGUCACGCCUGAUCCCGAGGGCUUCUUGAGUCGCCAACAAGACUCUACCCUGACGCCGUACCCUGCUGGAACAUGGUUCCACCUGGGGAAGACAGUGACACCUGGGACGCUGCUCAACCGGCCAGAUCUACAAGCGUUAAACGAAACCAAACGAGAUGCGACGACAAUCUCCCAAAAAGACCCAAGGAGUGGCUUUCAGAAGCUCUAUAAGAGCCCGAUACUUAUAAGCCUAUUGUUUCUUUUACCUAUCAUUAUGGCUGCUAACGAGCAGGAUCCAUUGCUCCUGCUGUGGCAAUCCAUCGCAUCGAAACGACCUGCGGUUCCCACAGCUUCAGCCGAUGCUUCUGCGACCGAGGUUCCUCUCUCGCAAGCUACCCAUCUACUCUUCUCGCACCCAGCUCCCGUUUCUGUAUCGCUCUCGACACCGACGCGUUUCAUUUCAAGCGACCGCCCGGUCGACCUGCGAUCCAUCUACUUCGCCUGGCUAAACAAGGAUGUUGCAAUUCCCGAAUACAACGCAAGCGCUACCCGCCUCAACGAAGAAUUGGGCAGCCUAGGCACUGUCCAAAACCUUGCCUUCGUCGAACGUUUAGACUUGUUCACUUGGCUGGAAGGCGCUAGUGAGGAGAGUGAACACAUCAAGCCUUUGGCUGGCGACAAGGACGGCAAGGAGGGAGCUAGUGCGAGCGCGUCCAAGACUGCCCCAGCAACUGCGGCCAGUCGAGCUGGACGAGGCACUUUGGAUCCUAGAUUGGCGGUCAUCUACAAUGGAGAGCGCAAGAUGGGGGAUCGCAACUCUGUGUUGCGCGGCGUGAAGCACACGGACUUCUCCCAUGUCCGCAAGCUCGCUGUUCCUUUCAUCCAGAAGAAACCCAAUGGCUCGUCGAACAUAAGCGCCAACCCAUCCCUCGCGCUCAACCAGAAGGCCCCAACGAGGCGACCAGACCCGAUUAUCCUCCUCUCGCCCUCGGCCUCCUCCCUGCUGCGCCUGUCCAACAUCCGCUCUUUUCUCGAGUCAGGGCGCUACGUGCAGCCCGACGGCAGCGCUGCUGCUAGCAUGCUGCACGUCUCCCGCGUCAUGAAGGAUAUCGACCCGUCGCGGCCCAUGCGUUUCAUUCUCGUCGAGGGCCCCGAGCAGUUCAAACCCGAGUACUGGAAUCGCGUUGUUGCAGUCUUCACCACUGGCCAGUCAUGGCAGUUCAAGAACUACAAGUGGAGCUCUCCUCCGGAUCUGUUCCGCCGUAUUUUGGGCAUCUUCAUCGGCUGGCGCGGGGAGCAACCGCCAGACAGCGUAAAGGACUGGGGCCACCGCGUGUUGCAGCUCGGCGUUGAUCGCUGGCGUGAUGGAACUGGUGCUCAGGAGGCGGCCAAGUUCAGAGACAAGGAAGCUGCAGAGUCGAUCUGGCGGGCAAUUGAGGCGAACAUGAAGAACAAGGGAUGGACAAAAACCACUGCGCCAACCCAGCUAUGA